UUUUUAAAAUUUUUAAAAAUUUAGAAUUUUCAGUACUCAUUAAUCCUUCGAUAUCCUCCAAAUUCACCAAUCCCCUCCAAAUCUCUCCCGUUUUCAAUAAAUUACGUCCAAAUUCUAAGAUCCCGAUAAAUUUUAAGAGCCAAUUGUACUGUGUGGCACCGAAUUAAAUCAAAAGUUGCCUUUUUACCAGCCGGCAAACUUAAGUUUAUAGCAGGGCUCUCAUUCGUGCUUUAUUUGAAAGUAUUAUACUUUGAAACCGACCUCCAUACUUAAGAAAUUGAAUUUAUACUUUAUUGAAAGUAUAUACUUUAAAAUCAACAUUUUGGAUUGAAAAUGAAAUUGGGGAAGGGAUUGGGCAAAAAAGUGAAUUUUUUUAGCCUUGGGCCUUCGAAAUUAUCAAAAUUUUCGCCUGCGGCGCUGAAAAAGAAAGAAAUCUGGCUUCUGGGUCUGGUUACAAAAAUGGAUCUGUUCUACUACAUAAAUUCACUUUGACCCGUUUGUACUUUUUUGGAGAAAGGAAAAGAACGGAGAACAAAUGAAACAAGAGGAGAUAACCCAGAAGUACAUUAAUUAUUUAAAAAAUUAAUUUUUUUAAAAGCUUUUCCCAAUGGAUUUACAUGGAAAGGCUGUAGUGGUAAUAGGCGCUACAACAGGGUUUGGCCAUCAAUUUGUAAUUAAAUGCGCUUCAAAGGGAAUGACGGUGUUUGCUGCCUGUAAUUCCCCUAAUGGUGUUCAAAAAGUAGUCCAAGCAACUUCCCACCUUUCUGGUUUCGUCCAUGCCCAUUCCCUCGAUUUAUCCUCAACAGAUUCUGUUGAAAAAUUCUUCCGUCAAGUAAUAAACCAACUACCUCCUGGCACAGGAAUACAUGCUUUAGUAAAUAAUGCUGGAAUUAUAAGGGCUGGGGCAGAUGAUUGGUUAGCUAUGGAGGAUUAUGAACAUGUUUUGAGAGUUAAUUUAUUGGGGCUAAUACAAAUAACUAAAUUAUUUAAAGAACAUAUUAAAUUAGCAAAAGGCCGUAUACUCUUCUGUUCGAGUAUAUGUGGAAGAAUUGCCUUUCCUUACUAUGGUCCCUAUACAGUAUCUAAAUUUGCAAUGGAAGGAUAUUGUGAUACAAUACGUCGAGAAUUAUCCCCUUUUGGAGUUAAAGUCGCUGUAGUAGAACCAGGCUAUUUCCGUACCCCAAUAACCAAUCCAGACCAUAUCCCCAAUGAAAUGGAGAAAUCAUUUAAUAAAUCAUCACAAUAUAUUAAAGAACAAUACGGACAUAAUUUUAUAUUAAAAAAUAAAGAAAUAGCCAAAAAUCAUUUAUCUUCUAAAGCAAACUCUCCAAGAGUUGAUUGGGUUGUUGAUGUCUAUUUUCAUGCCUGUACAGCUAUAUUUCCCCGUAAAAGAUAUGUUGUUGGUAUUGAUGCUAAUUAUGUAGUAAUUCCAAUUUCUCGUUUACCAACAGAAAUACAAGAUUUAAUUUUUUGGUUAAAUUCAAUAAUUUUAAAAAAUCCAUUGCCCAAAAUUUUGCACAAUGGGGGCUGUUUAAAUGCCAAAAUGGUCCAUAGAUGGAUAAAAAGUGCAAAUGGAUUUGUGGCUUAUUUGGAGGGGGAAGAGAAGGAAAGGUAA